GGGUGAGGUGAGCAGGGCGCAUGCGCGAUGGGGGCCUGCGUCAGGUGACUCGUAGAGGCUGCUGGGAGCAGACUGUACCGCACCGAGCGCGAGCGGGAGGCUGGGUGCGCCCUGCCUGCCGGAGCGGGCCGAGAGUAAAAAUGGCCUCAAGACGAAUUACGCGGGAGACUUUUGAUGCUGUGGUGCAAGAUAAAGUUAAAAGGUAUCGGAUGGACCGAAAUGAUGCUAUAGAAGAGACAAUCCAUCAUUUUAAAGCUCAUUCAAGAUCGGUUUCAAGACCCAGGUAUGAAGACAGUUUUCAUGAUGAUGGAAGAUAUUCACACGAUGGUCCCUCCUCUCAUGACGAUUGGAGAGGAGAUGCUAGAGAGGACUAUCCAGGGCCUUCUUAUAGAUCUAGUAGCCCUCUCAUGAGGAAAGAUAACUACUACCAUGACCACUAUGGCCGCCCUGGCUCUCGGGACCGGGACUAUGGCCGCCCUGGCUCUCGGGACCGGGACUAUGGCCGCCCUGGCUCUCGGGACCGGGACUAUGGCCGCCCUGGCUCUCGGGACCGGGACUUGGAAUUGAGGAGACACCUCGGGACGCGGGACUAUGGCCGCCUGGCUCUCGGGACCGGGGACUAUGGCCGCCCUCACCCUCGGGAAUCCUCUAGAUUGCAUGACACUGUUGGCUCUUCUGAGCUCUUGGGUGAUUUUAGGUCACCCGGACUGGAAGAGGAGUAUGGGAACAUAGAUCAGGAUUAUGACCUGGAAUACGGACUUCAAUCUGAGAGUGAGUUCAGAACCGUGCCAGUACAGGGCAACAUGAGUAGAGGAAGGAUUCUGCGAGAACUAUUACAAGACCUGAUUAAAAAAAUAGUAUUUAAAGGAGAUACAAACUCCCUCUAAAGAAUGGACCCACCAAAAACACUACCAGUGACUAAUCAGAAGUCAACUCUGCAACCUGAUCAGAUGCCAGAAACUACAGAACAACCUAACCAGAGGUCUGCAAUUGCCCAGCGCCUUAAUCAGAAGCUAAUCCUACGACCUAAUCAGAGGUCAACUUUGACAACACAAAGGCCUGUCAUCCGAAUUCGUAAGUCUGAGCAUGUUCUCAGACAUCUUAAUUUUGAUCUUGUGGACAAGUCUGACUAUUCCACCUUUGGAAUAGAAAUAAAAUGGGCUGGAUUUCACACAAUAAAAAUGAUGCAGAAUUUCAAACAGCUGUUUGGGGCUCUUCGACUGGAGACCGAAACGUUGCAAAUGCUUGCUUCAUUCAAAUGCUCACUAAAGCCACACAGAGAUUAUUGUUUCUUUACCAUCAAAAAUUUACAACAUGCUGCUUUGAAGACUCCCAAGUAGACAAUGAGUUCUUAAAUAGUGUUGUUGGGCAAGGGUGCCAUGAAGACUAAGAACUGCUUCUUUGAAAUAAUAAAGCCUUUUGAUAAGUACAUGAUGAGGCUCCAAGAUCGUCUUCUAAAGAGUGUCACACCUCUGCUUAUGGCCUGUAAUGCCUAUGAAUUAAGCAUCAAGACAAGUGGUUUCAGUAAUUCUGGAGAAAUGGCAGGUGCUUUUGAGACCACCAUUUCUCUGUGUCGUAAGUCCUUGGCACUUCUGGGCCAAACCUUUGCAUUAGCUUCUGCUUUCAGGCAAGAGAAAAUACUUGAAGCUGUUGGUCUCCAGGAAAUGGCUCCAGCACCAACGUCAUUCCCAAAUUUUGAUGAUUCAACAUUAUUUGGAAGAGAGUACAUAGAGAACUUGAAAGCUUGGCUUGAGAAAAGCGGCUAUCCAAUUCAGAUGAAAAAAAUAGAACCUGAGUCCACAAUACAGCUUAAAAAAACUGCUCCUGAUACAAGACCUAAAUGAAGAGUAAUUCCACAGCGAGCUGAUCGGAGAGUUGUAGAGACGAUUGAAAAGCUAGUGAACAAUAUUGUUACAGGUACUUUGUCAGCAAAAGAGAGAACUGCUCAAAAGAGCUGCCCUGAAUAUUGGUUCUUGUCUGAGGAGGAUAGUCUAGAAUACAAAUAUUACAGACUGAAGUUAUCAGAGAUGCAAAGAUUGACAUCAUCUACAAAGGAGGGAGGCAGAGAGGGGAAAACACCAGAAGAAUCUGCAACAGAAUCAGUGAGGGCAAUGUUGUAUGCGAGAAAAGUAGCAAGUAUCAAGAAAAGGCUCUUUAAAAGAAAAAGACUUGGAAUUUUUACACAACAUGGAGUUAGAGGCAGGAAAGUGAGAAAAUCAACCAUAGGGACACAGACUGUGCUUUCAGCUGGUACGAUGCUGAAACGUCAAGACAAGCUCACCCAAGGUUCAGUUCAGUCAAAACCUUCCAUAUCAGAAAUCAGCAUGUCUGAGAAGAAAUCUUCAUUGGACACAGCUGGAUCCUCACAGCAUGCCACCAGUCCGGAAGUUUCUCUGUCGCUGGAAGAAGUGGCAGACACUGAGGAUUUAUCGGCAUCCACUGGACAUUCCCAGUCACAAUUGUCUCAAUUUCCUGAUGUGGAUGCUAAAACAAUGGAAACUGCUGAGAAGCUGGCCAAGUUUGUUGCUCAGGUCGGACCAGAAAUUGAGCAGUUCAGCAUAGAUAACAGUGCAGAUAACCCAGAUCUUUGGUUUCUACAAGACCAAAACAGUUCUGCUUUCAAAUUUUAUCGAAUGAAAGUCUAUGAAUUGUGCCCAUCCAUCAACUUUAGUGCUGUUUCGGAAAUAGCUGUACCUGGGGAAAGUGAUAAAGCUGAAGAAAGAAAUCUGGAUAAUUUAGAAGAAGAGGAGGAGGAAGACGAGGAGGAGGAAGACAAUGAGGAGGAAGAGGAAGAAGCUGAACUUGAAGAGAAUAUCUCCCAGACCUUGGAAGAAGUGGAAAUGGAGCAUGCAGAGGAGGGGGAAGCAGGUGGCGCUGAGGAGAUCGCCUCCAAAGAGAUGCGGUCGAAAACAGGAGAUGAAACUUCAACAGGCGAAAUGCAGCCAAGCUCAGCUUCUGAUAGUACUACACCAAAUUUGUCAACACAGGUGCCAGCUUCUGCUCCUGGUAUCCCUUUUCCUCGCAAAAGAAUCAGCAGCAAAUCUCUGAAAGUAGGCAUGAUUCCUGCAUCUAAGAGGGUCUGCCUCAUAGAGGAACCAAAAGUUCAUGAACCUGUCAGAAUUGCUUAUGACAGACCCCGAGGCCGCCCGGUUACAAAGAAGAAGAAGAAACCAAAAGACUUAGACUUUUUACACAAGAAAUUAACAGUUAAGAAUGUGGGUUUCCAGAUGCUUCAGAAGAUGGGCUGGCAAGAAGGACGUGGUCUUGGUUCACAAGGAAAAGGAAUCAAAGAGCCUGUGAAAGUGGGUACUACCUCUGCAGGGGAGGGCUUGGGUGCUGCAGGGGAAGAAAAUAAAGAAGAUACAUUUGAUGUUUUCCGUCAAAGAAUGAUACAAAUGUACAGGCAGAAAAGAGCAAGUAAAUAGGUAUGUGCAAUGGACAACUCUGGUUUAUGAAUUCCUGCAAACAUUAAAAUACUGCAGUUAAAAAGCCUUCCUUUGAACAGAAGUGAAAGUGUUACUGUGUUUCCACAAAUGCAUCUGGGUUUUUAUUAUUUCAUGAAAAUCCAGAACUACUUUGGACUGCUGAAUUACCCAACAUCUUACUUUUUAGGUUUGACGCAAGAGACUCGUUUGCUAGAAAAUGUGGACAUGCAAAAGCUGCAGUGUGAAAGGUUUUCGGCAUGCUGCCAGUAUGAAGAACACUUUGUGCUGUGGCAGUGAACUUUGAAUACUAAUGUACCAAAAACAUUUUCCAAGAUUAAAGUUAGCUUUGCACUUAGAUGUGCAAGCUGACAACUUGGAUGUCAUCUUCUGAGGAAGAAACAACUGAUUUGCUCUCAGACGUGCCUGUUUACCUUUCUCUUUGGCCAAGAAUGCCUACUAUGUGACAAGAUGGCUUGCUCCAAACAAUGUAAGCAGCACAAAAAAUAUGAGCUGGAAAACCAGUCUGCUCCUUUCUCAGGCUGAGAAGAUUUUCAAAUUCAGAUCUCUUUGAGAGACGGUUUUCCUCAGUACCAGAUGUUGCUUUAUUUUACUAAGCUUUUUUUGAAUGGCUGCAUCUUUUGAAUUGCUGCUGUGAUCUGGACAAAGCAGUUCUUGAUAUUUUUUUUUCCAUUCAUAGAACAAUUUAAGAACAAAACCUUUUAAAAUAAGCAUGCAGGCAUGUAGGAAUCCAUGCCUACCUAUGUAGGACUAACAUAAUGAAUCCAUAUAAGAACACCCAACUGUACUGCCUAACAAAAAUUUCAGCUGCUCAGAUUUUCACUGUAACGAGCAAGCAGUACCAAUUUCAGGUGUACUUGUUUUUAUGUGAAUUUGCAGGUCUUGCUCAAUAAAAUCUUGUAAAGUUUCGUUCCCUCAAAGAAAUAAAUCUGCAAACAAGGUUUAACUUGGGUUCUGCAGAAGAUUGGUACUAUGUUUUAAAAUAGCAUUGGAAGUCAAAUAUAGAAGAUCUGGAAGCCGAAGAUCUGUUUUGUAAUCAGAGCAUCACUUUAGGGAGUCAGCUUAUUUUGAAUCCUAUUAAAUAUUGGUCUUCAGAAGUUCUUUGACUGCAAACUCCAGGAAAAUGAAACAAAACCUGAAAUUAAAGAACUUUGUAUUCCAUUGUUCUCUCUUUAAUUAAAUCAAAGAUGAUACAUACUCCGAGUAUACUCUGUGCUUCAGUAACAAAAAAAAAAAAUGGCAUGCUCUUGGUGAAGCAGUUCCGAAGAAAUGAUGGAAAACCUUAGCAGUAGUAUUGGGAGUACCAAAUGUUCACCGGUCUAGUUGAUCAUUUAUUCUGUUCACCAGGUUUGCCAUGUCAGUAAAGAAUCCAUGGACUGAUAGCUUCGAAGUGACAAUUUAAUAAUAUCACUUGCACUUUUUAGCCGGCUUCCUUUUUCGCCAUCCUUAAACACUUCUAAAAAGUAGUUGAGGCCUCACUUUUUUAUGUGAACAAUAGCGAUGUACUGUCUCUUGGAAAGAGAUUUGUCUUGAUCGUGAUGUAUGGUUUUGGCGUGAACUGCGGCAACGUGCAGCUAGGCUUGUUAAUGCAUUCAUCUGGCGACUAUGCUGCUUGUAAGUGCAGACAGCCUUACGGUACGUCCAAGUAACAAGUACCUUACAGGAAAAGCAGCAGUGUCUGCAAGUUCCUAAAGGAAAUGAAUAGCAAGAAAACUUGAUCUCUAAUUAUCAACUCACCUGUGCCUAUUGGGCAAAGGACAGUCAUCUCAUUUAUAAAAAUAAAUAAACUUGCCAAUUGAAAGGGAGGGAGUAUCUUAAUUUUCAUUCUUUAGCACCAAAACCUUUUCAUUCCUGUAAAUCAGUUUAUUUAGUUUAUGAAAGCAAGAUUUCUCUUUCCUGUGUGUGCGUGUGUGUUUGUUUGUGUAUGUAAGCAAUAAGCUACGAUAUCAUGCCACAGUGUAAUUUUUUCUGGUCACUCAAUUUUAAUAGCUUGAAAGCACAUGGCUGCUAAAAACAGUAAAUAGCAGAUAUAGAAAUGAUUGUCAUUUUGGUACAGUUAAAUUUUUCCAUGAACGUCACACUUCUCCACCUUUAACAUUACAAGAAGUUAGAGCAUUCAGGACCAUAAAUACAAAUGUAUUUUCUCAAAGCUUGCCUGAUUCAUCAUACUUUAUUCAAGAUAUUUGGUGAUACUACAAAGAUUUAUCCCAUAGGCUUUGCUUGGAAAUGUUUAGAAGCAUAAACAUCACAAUCAGGCUGCCUUUAAGUUCAACUGGUACAGUAUUUGGCAGUAUUACACUUACCUGAUAGAUCCCUAUUUGGAGAUGUUUUCCACUGCACUUUUCCCGUUUCCCAUGCUUAAUUGGACAUUAUGUUGAAUGAAAAAACGGAGUCUUUUUUUUUUUUCUUUUUUUUUUUUGUAAAGAGGAUUCCACCAUUCAUGGUCUGUUGUAGAAUGAUGCUCUGGAACCAAAAGUGUUGGACCCAGAAUUAUUUCUCAUACCCACUAAUAUGGGUUUAACUUUCCUUUUAGUUUCAUUGAUGAAGCUGCCAUUGUUGCUGUUUUACAAUUAUUUUAUUUUAUUUUAUUUUCCCACAUGCUUCCAGUUCACCUCUUCUUUCACAUUUACAUUUUGGAAGAAAAUCUCUUGACUACACGCUGUGCUAUUUGCAGAAAAAGACACAAAUCAGUGUGUGGCUUCACACUAUGUUGGGAUGGAUUUUCUCAGCCCCCUCGACCCUGAUCACCAUUCUGGGCUGUUCUGGUUUAAACAGAUUGGGCACAGUACCUUUUAGGGUACAUUUGCUGAACACCUACUUACCCAGUCUGGAAAAAUUCAGUAUCCAGAUUGGAAAAUGGUACAUUCCCUGCUGAUUUCAACUCAAUUUAGAGCAAUUUCCUUGAGUAUUAUGCACUCUUGAAAAUGAAUGUGAACAGUAGUUCCUAAGGGAAUCUUAAUCUGCUGCCCUGGAUAACUGUAGUAUGGUCAAUCUUUCUUGUGCCAAACUUUAAUUUUGGACAAGAUAUCAGCAGAGCAGCACUGGUGCUAAGAUUCCAGUGUUGCUCUCAAGUGGGUUUCUGUAUACCACUUUUAUCUUGUUUUACCAAGAGAUGACCUUACUCUCCUUUUGCAAAAGGAAUUCCCCUCCCCCCUUUAUUUUAACCUGCUUUUGCAGGCAGCUCUGAUUUGAAAAUUUAAAUACAGGUACUUAUGUGAAACAUUGUGCAGAUACAUUGCCUUGUUUACUAGUUUCUUUUCUGUUAUUUUAGUUUCCAGGCUCUCUUCCAUGAAGACUACAAGCAUCAGUGAACAUUUUAACUAACUUCAGUGGUGUGUCUGCUGUCUUUUGGUUGUUUUACUGUUUGAUGAUCUUGUAGAGCAAUUUGCUAGUUUUUGUUCUGUGCAAAUUGGCAGUAGUGCUAAGCUAGUAAUAAAUGCUUAUAUUAUUGGAUAAUUGAAGUUUCUUUUUAGUACAAGUAAAUAUGUUAGCAUUGUUAAUCUUUUUAAAAUCUGCAAUAAAUGUAGAGGUAAACAGUU